AUGGAUUCCGAGAAGGGUGAGGGCCAAGCUCCCCGAAUGUCCAAGUAUAGCAAGAUGAAGAGAUCUCCCUUCUUCAUCAAGCUGAUUGUUGCAUGUGCGUUUAUCAUAUGUGCAACUCUCUUCAUGUUUGGCAUGGGUAUCCUCGGCGCAGCCUACGCCAAUGCAAAGUUUUACAACCGUAACAGAAGCCCCGUUGUCGACGUUCUUUCAAGUGAUCAGGUGCACAACAUUGCUCGCCGCCUCGAGAGCGCCGGUGGCUCAUACCCUAUCUCGACCAAGACCGCUGUUUCUACAAUCUAUAGCGUCAGUUACACCUCGAAUGCUGAUGUGGUCACCGAGGUUGAAACUGUUACUGGCACCCGCUAUGUCACUGUGCCUGGUGAAGCCCAGGUGUCUGUUUCUGUCACCACACGGGAGAGCACUACCGAAUACUGUGAGGUUGAGGUCAUUACCAUGACCGAAAGCUACACGGUCACUGUACCCAACGGCAAGGUCUCCCAGGACUCCUCGGGUGAUGCUAUUGGAGCCACCGUGACCGGCAACCCGCAGACUGUGACCGAGAAUGAAACCGAUUUCUCUCUCACCAGAAGUCCGUCUGAUGCUAUCGUCACCGGUAACCCACAGACUGUGACCGAGAACGAAACUGAUUUUUCUCUCACCAGUGGUCCGUCUGAUGCUAUCGUCACCGGUAACCCACAGACUGUGACUGAGAGCAAAACUGAUUUUUCUCUUACCAUUGGUCCACCCGAUGCCAUCACCACCGCCAGCCCUGAGACCAUCACGAAUACUUUCGAGGUUUCCUCGCCCUCCAAAAAACCGCACACAACUAUUACCAUUCAAAGUCUCUAUCCCCCCGAGAAGGUCCGAGCACUGUCACCCAAAUGCUCACCCACCGUGUCAGUUUCUCCUACCAGUAGCACCACGACGACUGUUUACGAAACUGCUGGUGUGCCCCCGACCUCUACAACAACUAUCGUGGUUCCGCCUCCUGCUUACCCACCUUACCCAACCGCCAACAACACCUUACUGCCGGGUCCGUCCGGUAGCGUCACUGUUGCGCCUACUCUACCUACUCCGACUCCUGUUGUUGUCUCAGGAGGCACCAAGAAGCCUGAGCCUCGUGGGUGGGGUGGUACCAGCGGGACCACCAAUCUCAGCUGCACCGUUAUGCUGGUGGCCAUUAUCAUGUUUGCACUCUAAGCUUUGACAGAGUAAUCGGCACAUAUGCUGACCUUUUGAGAAAACUUGAUCAAGGAAAGGAAUGGCAAGAAAGGACUUGCAUGACGUGAAGGGGCCACGUUAGCAGAAUUGGAGUUUCAGCGGUCAGAAUUGGCAUUGGACUUGGCAUCCAAACUGGAAAUGGAGUUGAGAUGAUCUGUAAAUCUGCUCUUGGCUUGCGCUGUGCUGCGUACCUAGGUAAUACAUGAGGGGACGCUGGGAGCUAGGUAUAGAUAA